CAACCCCACUGUCUCUUCCCUCCUCUGGGCAGAGCGCACAGGAGGUGACAGAAGGAUCCAACAUCAUGCUGAGCGACAGGCCCACCAUCAUAUUCCGGAAGAGCAGCUCCCCCAACUUCAUGCCGGUCAUCUGCCACUAUUUGGGUGAGGCAGGACACUACUUUGCAUCCUUCAGCCGGAAGUCCUCCAAGAAGGGCAAGGUGAGCUGGGCCCUGAUUGGCCAGGGAGAUGGGGAGAGAAAUGGCUCCUACCCGCAGGGCACGGGACAGAGUCCAUUGCCUCUGACUCUCAGACUUCUCCCGCAGGUUCGAGUCUGGGUGUACAACCCAGAGGACGAGACCCCCAUGACAGAGAAAGAGUACGCCAUAGAGGAAGACCCAAAGGUCCUGUACAUCUCCUAUGCUUCCCACCUGCACCUCUUUGUGGCCUACUGCGAUGACAUCCACCUGCGGCUUUUUGGUGACCACACUCAGGAAUGCAAGAUGCUCUCCGAGGUGAAGUCGCCCUAUUCGGUUACCAGCAUGUGCUACAACCCUGAGACAGGUGAAGUGGUGACAGGUGCCAUUGGCAUUGUGGCCUUUUGGUGCUUUACCCCAGGGAAGGUUCCCUACCUCGCUGUCACGCGGGAGGUGCAGAUCUCAAGUGGCGAAUUUGUGCACUACCUCAGCUUGGAGCAGGAGCGGAAAGUGCUGAUGGCCUUGUGCGAGAACAUCAUCCGUGUGUACGACUACAAUACCAAGACCCAAACCCGGGCCUUCAAGGUGAGCCAAGGUGUGUCGCUCACUUGCUGCUCCUCCUAUUGGCCUCAGAGCUUCCUCUUCACUGGGGACCUCGCUGGGGACAUCAAGGUGUGGAACUUUGACAAAGGGAUCCAGACCACCCAGUUCAAGGCCCACCAGAGUGCCAUCACCACCAUCACCACCCGGCACUCGUUCCACACCAUCAUGACCACAUCGCUGGACGGGUUGCUAAAGGAAUGGAACCUGACCACCUGUGAGCUCCUCCGGCGCCUGGACAUCGGGGAGCAGCUCUUCCAGAUGCAGUUCCUCAAUGAGCAGACCUUUUUCCUCUGCACCCUCCACACCUUCUCCAUCCGCACCGUCCACAACUUCUGCCAGCUCUUCAGCAGAACCAACUCCAUCCUCACGAAGCUGCUGCGGGUGCAGUGUGGACCCAACAAGGCUCGCAUCCUGGCAGCCACGGAAGAUGGGGUCAUCCGAUUCCUAUCCCCCGUCACGGGGGAAAUGCUGUUUGUCACCUGGCCCUUCCAGGUACUGGAAAAGGCCCUGGACUACGUCUAUGACCCGGACAGAGAGGAGCUGCUGGUGACGAUGGGCACCAACGACAUCUACGUGCUGGACACCACCAAGAACCCCUGCCCGGUCAAGCACAUCUUGCGUGUCACCGAGGGCCUAGAUGACAGGGUGCUGUGCCUAGCCUACAGCCGCCUGGACCUGGAAGGCCGCACCUGCAGCUUCAUCUUCAGCGGGUACAAGAGCGGAAAGGUACGCACCAUCACCCAGAACUUGUAUCGGAUGGGGAACCGCAAAUUGCAUGACGGCAAGGUGGUGGCCCUCAGCAGCAUCUCAGCCUCAGGGAACCUGUCCUACCACUCGCGGGAGUCUUCCUAUCUGUGCUCCUACGGCCAGGACCAGUACAUCAUCCUCUCCGAUGUUCUCUUGAAGAAGGACAACUUCCUAGAGGUGUUACCUUUGGUGGUCAUCCCAAGCUUCAACUGCCGCAUCAACAACCUCCUGCUCAUCCCCGGUUAUAUCUGUGCCCUGACAGAGCACAACCGGGUCCGGCUGUGGCGCCAGGCGUCCCUGGUCCCUGGCCAGAAGAACCGCUUCUGGAAGGAGACUGGCGCCCUGCACUCUACCUCCAUCACUUCCUUUGACUACUGCCACACCCUCAGCAUGCUGGUGACCAGCGGCUCUGAUGGCACCGUGCGCGUCUGGGACAUCCUGGGGCAGAUGCUGGUGGAGUUUGACACGAGCCUCAAAUUCAGCCGAGUCUGCUUUGCCAACCAGCGGGGAGACCUGGUUGUGGGCUGCAACAUGAAUAUCUACUUCAUCCCAUGCGUCUUGUACUUGCCCAGAGACCACCUCUACAUGCUGAUGUCCCGGUGUGUGAAGGACGACAUGAUUGAGCGCCCCUUAGCCUUUCUGCCUCACUUCCUCCUCACCUUCGACAUAGUCUUUGUGCCUAAGUAAGUAUGGGGAGAGGGACAAACUAGACUUUGGGUGCUUUCCCUCCCCAGGUAUCGCCAGGUAGGGAGGCUGGCCAAGAAGUACGAGCGGCUGGAGCCCAUCUCCAACCCCAAAGAGGUGGUGAUGGAGAACAACGUGGCCACCGUCCUGCAUUUCAUCGGCAAGGAGGCGAGUGCCCUCCCUGGGCCAGAUUUCUACGGGGCAGCGCCGUACAUCAAGGAGCUGCAGCCGGAGUUCUUCGUGAAGUACCAGCUCCUCCCGCAGCAGGGUGCCAAGGCAACCCCGGAGAAGAAGACACUUCCAGCCGAGCUUCCACCAGCGCCGCCACCGUCCCGUGUGCUUCCACCGCUGGUUGAGCCCAUCCCCGUCCUCAGCAGAAUACCUUUCCAAGCCGGGCGCACGUGGCCUAUCGCCCCCGACGGCUACGUCCCCAAUUCGGUUAUCCGGGCCCAGCUGUUUCCAAAGGGGACACCCAAAGCCCUGCAGUGCAGCUUGGACCUGAGCAGGCAGCCCUUACCCAGGCGCAAGAUGGUCAAGAUCCUGCUGCCGGAGACGGACGAGCCCGAAGCAGUAGACAAAAUCCGGAGGAAAAAGCCGCAGAGGCGGCGGACCUCUGUGGCCUUCUCAGGGCUGAUGCGCUCCCGGGACCUCCUGUCCGAGAUCGUGUCGAAGCCCUGGCUGCGGCACAAGCCCAGCGACAACACCUUGCCCUCCGUCACGAAGGCCAUCCUGGACCUCAUGGACGACGUGCCCUACUCCACGUACUUGAUGUGCACGGCUGCCCUCGUCCAGCUGGCCGAGUCCUACCCGCUGCCAGAAAAGGUCCAAGAAGACGCCUUCGAGCGUCUCAUCCAGGACACCACCCACAAGGAGGUCAGUGCAGUCCUUCGAAGGGCUUGGGGGGAGGGGGCAGCACAGGGACAUUGGCAAGCCGUACUUUUACUAGCUUCAUUUGUUGUUGUUGUUUAUUCCCCAAAACUGUGCAGUGGUCCUUCAGCCACUGUAAGCAGCUACACUACCAAGUCUUUCUUUUGCAAACUCUAUUAUGCAACACCAGUAGGAGGUUGGUCACGGGUAUUAGCAUCUUCUGGAGGGGGAACCAAGGCUGGCUUUCCCUCUGGCCAUGCCAAAGGCUGCGGCAGAGGCUGGCCCCUGGUCCACACCCAGGCGCUGGCCCCUGAGCUCAUGUGUACGAGGAUAUGGACCCCUGUUCUUGCUCCACAGGUGAGGAUGAGGCUGGCAGCCUGGGAGGCCUUAGGGAAGAUGGACCUGCUGAGUGAACAGGAAGUGGUCCCCCUGGCCCGAGCCCUGCUGGACGAGAACAAGAAAGUGCGUGACCUGGCCCGGUCACUGCUGGACUCUGUGGCUGGCAUCACGGACAAAUUUGUCCUGAAGAAGGAGAUGCAGCGGAUGGCGGAUUCCAGCCUGGUAGACUUGUCUUCAUUUGGUCGCGAUCAAAGCGCCUUCCCUCGCAGAGUGCGGGCUGCCGGCAUCAUGGCAGAGACAGCGGAUGAAGCUAAGGUUGCUCUGACAGAAGGAGCACAGAAGCUGAUGACUCGGGUUGAGAACCAGCUAACAGCCAAUCUGUUCUUGAUGAACGAGAUCCCGCCCAAAGUAGUCCGCGACCGCCGCUCCACCGUUUCCCGUCUUAGGUCACCAUCCCAGGGAACAUCUGUAGACUUUACCACCCCCGAAACCCUUCCCGUUGGACAGGCGCGGUGGCUGGGAAUCUUUGGCAGGCCUGAGAGGAGAGCUGCGCCUGCUGCUGCCCCUUUUGUCCCUGAAAGAGCUGGUGGCGAUAAGCUCCCCAGGAUCCCUCAAGCACGAGGCAAGGGGCUCACUGUGCCAAUAGUGAGUGGAACAGGUCUGGAGGAGCGCAGCCCCAGCCUCAGCCCCACCCCCAGCAUGGCCACCGCCAGCUCCAGCUCCAGCAGCUCCAGCUUCAGCAGCACCAGCAGUGGCUCCAUGUGGCGGGAGGUGCGGCUUGAAAGGCGGGAGCUCAAGGCAAAGGAGAAGGAGAAGGAGAAAAGGCUCAGGCCCAAGGUCCUGCCCACCAUUCCCCACGAGGCCCCGAAGGUGCUCAAGGUGCGCAAGAAGGCCCAGCCCAUCCUCUUGCAGCGGCGUGACACUCGCACCCAGCUCUACACUGAGAUGCUGAAGCACCAGAGGGACAGGAAGGACUUGCAGGCAGCCGCCCUCCCAACAUCGGAACUCAAGCCAGAUACUGCUGUUCUGCCGCCUAAACCCAGCCAGGUGGGCGUCCCCACCCUGCCGCCAGUGCCCACCAAAGGCAGCCUCAUUGACCCUAACCAGGAGUACAGCUCUGACAAGACCAAGUGGCGUGCCGACCUCCACAAGCUGUUGAUGCUCCGCAUCGGCCCCCACAUAGAGGGCCGCACUGCGGCUGAGGACCUCCUGGCCUCGGCCCGGUAUGCCCUGGCUGGCCGCACCAUGUCCUGGGAGGACAUUGUCAACAUCAGCCAGUCCCUCCUCACUUCCCAGGAGAAGCCAGCCGUUGAUGAAAAGGCAUGGGCGGCAUAUGUGGAGCGUCUGCAAAAGCCCAGAGGAAGACAGUCGUUGUCCCAGCCUUCCACGGAGAGCCUGGAGAAGGUGGUGGGAGUCACGAAGAAGCAAGAGGAGUUCAGCAGUUCGGAGACAGAGUUUGAGAGUGAGAGUGAGGAGGAAUUCAUUAGGGGGAAGGGAGUGAGAGAGCAUGGAGAGGCCGGACGAAAGAAGCGAAAGAAGAGAGGCCGGACAGCUGGAGAACAGGAGGGGAGGUCAGCCUCAGACAAAGAAGUGGCAGGGAAAGUGGUGGCAAAGGCGGUUAAAGGGAAAUCGUAUGAGUCAAUCCGGGGAAAGGAGCGGGAGGCGGCCAGGACGCGAGUGCGAGAGGUGAUCAAGGAAAGAGACCGAGAGGCGGCCAGGGAAAGGGAGCUGGAGGCGGCCAAGGCAAGGGAGCACGAGGAGGCCAAGGCACGGGAGCUGGAGGCAGAAGCCAUGGCAAGGGAGCGAGAGGUGGCCAGGGCGAGAGAGCGGGAGCUGGCCCGGCGGAGGGAGCGUGAGCGAGAGGCAGCUGCAAGGAAACGGAAGAGAUUGGGGAAGCUGGUUGACAAAGACAGAGAGGGCCUGGAGGGGCCAGAGCUGGCCAGGAGAGAAGCCCUGAAGCCCAUCCUCAAGGAGUCGGAAAGGAAGCUGGUCGAGAUGACCGAGAGUGCCCUGGCUGAGGUGAGGGGAAAGGCCAAAGAGAGGAUGAUGAAGGAGCUCAAGGAGAGGGCAUUGGCCGAAGCCAAGCACCUGGCCAAGGAAGAUGUGAAGGCGAAGGCGCUGGGCGAAGCCAGGGACCUGGCCCUGGUCGAAGCCAAGGAGCAGGCGAUGCUCAAGGCACGGAAGAUGGCCAUGGCGGAAGAAUGGGAAAAGGUGAUGGCCGAGGCACGCAGGAAGGCACAGGCAGAGCUGGAGGAGAGGGUGAUGGCCGAGGCGAUUAAGAUAGCCCAGGCCGAGAAUAAAGAGGGGGAGGAGGCCAAGGAAAGGAUUCGGGAACUGCUCAGCUCAGUAGUGCUGGAAGUGGACGAGGCCAGGGUCCUGGAGCUGGCCAGGGAAAUGGGCUUGGUAGUGGAUGAGGAGAGGAUACAGGAGCUGCUCAAGGAAAUUGCCUUGGAGGUGGACGAGGCGAGAGUCCAGGAGCUGGCAGAGUUAAGGCGCGAAGAACUGGUGGAGGCCGUCGCUCAGAGGCUGGCUAAGGAAAAAAUGUUGGGCCUGUCUGAGUCGAAACUCAAGGAGCUCAUUGAGGCCAAAGCCAUGGAGAUGGCCCAGGCAAGAACGAGGGCCCUGGAGGGAGAGGGGGAAGAGGAGGAAGGAGUUGGAGAAAUGGCUGAAAGAAGAAAGAAAAUGGUGGCUAAAAGAAGAGUUAUCCAUUGGGGGGAGGAAGGGGAAGAGUGGGACUGGGAGUGGGAGGAGCUGGAGAAGAAGGAGGAAGGAGAUGAAAUGUGGGAAGACCUAGUAGAGAAGACCUUUGAGUUCCUCAAUGAUGAGGAGAGAGAGGCUCUGAUAGCCCUAUGGGAGGAAGAAGCGACUCCAAAGCUAGAAGACGACCAACUUGAGCUUUCAGAACAUGCUCAACUGUUCUUGGACAUCCUGACUCAGCCAGAGAAGCUGGAGUCCAGUGACGCCGCCACCUACAAGCGCCUCUUCCAAGUGGUGUCAAUGCUUGAAGUUUCUUCGGGGGUGGAGGCCGAGGCCCUGGCAGGGGCUUUGCUGCAGAAAGCACAGCAGAUCUUACAGAAAGGGGAGGAGAUGAAGGGGCUCUUGAGCAAAGGGCACUCUGCUCUGAUGCAACAGCUCAAAGAAGCAGUGGAGGCCUACCAGAUCUGGAACACUGAUUCCCAGGAGCUUACAGCCAAGAUGGAGACCCUUCAGAAGACUGCCCUGACGGUGUUGCAGGCGAGGAACCUGAAGGUAAAGCUGCAGAAAGAGGCCAGGAAGAGAUCCUUGUGGGAGAGCGUGAAGAAGGAGUGGACGGAGGAGAAAGGCAAAUUUAUUAAGAAGAGCUUCCUGAACAAGAGGCUGAAGGAAGCCAUAAGGAAACUGAAGGCUGAGGAAGAAAAGGCUGAGCAAGGAAGAAUAGAGCAGCUGCGAACGGAAAGGCGCCUCAAAUUCAGAUCCCGGCCCAUUGUGCUAGGUGAGGUGGAGAAGGAGAAAGACAUGGAGAGGCCAGAGGGGGAGAGGAAGGAGGCGGACGAGGAGGAGAAGCAGAAGAGAGGAGAGCUUGGCAGGAGUUCAAGCAAGAUAACAUGGUCCCUGGCGGGGAAGGAGAAGGCCUGGAAGGCCAUCACGCAGAUGGAGGGGCUGCCCAUGGCCGCCACUAUUAUCAGCCCAAAGAAGUACCGGCUUCCAAAGGACUCUCUGUACAGACGUGGCCAGCCAAAAGCACGAUUCCGCCGGCGGAGCCUCACCAGGGGUCCCCUUAAGCACGCCUUCCGCCUGUAUGAAGACAAAGGGGUUGACUGGGAGAGGUUCAUGAAGCUCUACCAGUCCCUCAUGGUCCUGAAGGAGCAGAAGGCGGGCAUCGAGUCGUUGGCGUGGCAGGAGCAGACCACCAAGCUGCUAGACCUCUACGGCUUGACCAACCCGCUCAUCCACGCCAUGACGCAGCACCUGCUGCUGGGAGACCGCAGAGAGCGCACAUACGUCAAGGGCAGCGCCCUGAGGAUGCGGAAGGCGCAAGCUGGUCUGGGGGCAAGGAUACUCUACGAGAUGAUCCAUCACUCGGUUCGGCUCCCCCCAGGCUUCCCGCCUGGCAUGGCAUCAUCCCGCUCAGCUAUCAGAACAACGUGCACACCUUCAAGGUCCGGGGCAUCACCCGCUAUGGCACCCUGUCCCUCAAGUGGAAGACCACCGUUGCCAGGGGAAAGGCCUCCAAGCUCCGCCUCUACGUCCACUCAGGCUCCCAGAGCAAAUAGCUCCCCUUGUUUGUUUUGUUUUUUAACCCGGAGAGAAAUAUAUAGAUUUGUAUGCGUGUGAUAUUCUUUUCUACUGAAUCUUUUCGAGAGUCGCAUCAGACAUCCCUCAGCGAGCUGCAUUGAAAGGGAGUCUCAAGGUGUUUCCAGGGCAGGGAAUGAUCCUUGAAGUGCCCAGUGGAAUAAACAUGACAUAGAUGCCACCUGCAGUUGCCGUUUUGAGUUUUUACUGUUAGAGAAGGCGCCUAGUUAAACUGUGGAGCAGGAAGCAAUGAUGGUCACCAACCUAAGU